AUGCCGCGCGCACCCCGUUGCCGGGCCGUGCGCGCCCUGCUACGCAGCCGCUACCGCGAGGUGCUGCCACUGGCGACAUUCGCACAGCGCCUGGGGGCCGAGGACAGGCGGCUGGUGCGGCGCGGGGACCCUGCGGCCUUCCGCGCGCUGGUGGCCCAGUGCCUGGUGUGUGUGCCCUGGGGCGCGCCACCGCCCCCCACGGCCCCUUCCUUCCGCCAGGUGUCUUGCCUGAAGGAGCUGGUGGCCAGGGUCGUGCAGCGGCUCUGCGAACGCGGCGCGAGGAACGUGCUGGCCUUCGGCUUCGCGCUGCUGGACGAGGCCCGCGGCGGGCCGCCCAUGGCCUUCACGACGAGCGUGCGCAGCUACCUGCCCAACACGGUCACUGAUACGCUGCGCGGCAGCGGCGCCUGGGGGCUUCUGCUGCAGCGCGUGGGCGACGACGUGCUGGCCCACCUGCUGGCGCGCUGCGCGCUCUACCUGCUGGUGGCCCCGAGCUGUGCCUACCAGGUGUGCGGGCCACCGCUCUACGAGCUCUGCGUCCGGGACGCCAGCGGGCCGGGCCCGGGCUGUGGAACCCCGCGCGGAACCGUGGGGGGCACGAAGCGGCGUAGGCACAGCGCGGGCGAGCUGCACCCGUUGGCCAAGAGGCCCAGGCACAGCGUAGCCCUGGAGCCAGGGCAAGUACCACAGUCCUGGGCCCACCAGGGUAGGGCACGUGGGCAGAGUGACAACUAUCCCCCAGCAGUGACUCCUCGCCGGAGAGCCAUGUCUUCGGAGGGCGAGUCUUCUGGAACUCUUCGUUCUUCCACGCUGGGGGUCAAGGAGGGUGGGGCUGGCCCCUCAUCCACCCAGGCGCUACUGUCACUGCUUCCCCAGGCAUACGUGGAGACCAAGCGUCUCCUCUACUGCCCGGGGGCCAAGGAGCGGCUGCCCAGCACCUUCCUCCUCAGCUCCCUGCAGGGCAGUCUGACUGGGGCCCGCAGGCUCGUGGAGACUAUCUUCUUGCGCGCCAAGCCGGCGUGGAGGAGGAAGCCGCCUCGGCGCCUGACCCCGCGCUAUUGGCGAAUGCGGCCCCUGUUCCAGGAGCUGCUUGAGAACCACGCGCGGUGCCCCUACGGCGCGCUCCUCAGGACGCACUGUCCGAGGCUGGGUUCGGCCAUGGCCACUCCUGCAGGUCCCGGCGGGGCGAGUACUGGGACCCCGGAACAGCCCCCGGGGCCUGCGGUGUCGGCUGCCCCCGAGGAGGACACUGGCCUGCGGUGCGUGGUCCAGCUGCUCCGCCAGCACAGCAGCCCCUGGCAUGUGUACACGUUUGUGCGGGCGUGUCUUCACCGGCUGGUGCCCCGCGGCCUCUGGGGCUCCAGCCACAACAAGUGCCGCUUCCUCAGGAAUGUGAAGACAUUCAUGUCUCUGGGGAAGCACGCCAAGCUCUCCCUGCAGGAGCUGAUGUGGAAGAUGAAAGUGCAGGACUGUGAGUGGCUGCAGCGGAGUCCAGGGGAUUAUGCUGUUCCGGCCUCGGAGCACCGUUUGAGAGAAGAGAUCUUGGCCAAGUUCCUGUUCUGGCUGAUGGACACCUACGUGGUUGGGCUGCUCAGGGCCUUUUUCUACGUAACCGAGACCAUGUUUCAGAAGAACAGGCUUUUUUUCUUCCGGAAAAGCGUCUGGAACAAGUUGCAAAGCAUUGGAAUCAGACAACACUUCAACAAAGUACGGCUGCGAGAGUUAUCCGAAGAGGAGGUCCAGCGAUGCCAGCAGGCCAAGCCUUCUCUUCUGACCUCCAAGCUGCGCUUCGUUCCCAAACCCCAGGGCCUUCGGCCAAUUGUAAACAUGGACUAUGUCGUGGGAGCCAGAACCUUCCGCAGAGAGAAGAAGGCUCAGCAUUUCACCUCACAGAUGAAGAACCUGUUCAGCGUGCUUAACUACGAGCGGGCCCUGCGGCCGGGCCUGCUGGGGGCCUCUGUGCUGGGCAUCGACGACGUGUACAAGGCCUGGCGGGCAUUCGUGCAGCGGGUGCGGGCCCGAGACCCUGGGCCCCGGCUGUACUUCGUCAAGGUGGAUGUGACGGGGGCUUAUGACGCCAUCCCUCACAACAAGCUGGUGGAAGUGAUCGCCAACGUGAUUAAGCCCCAAGAGAACAUAUACUGCAUCAGACGUUAUGCUGUGGUCCAGAAAACCGCCCAGGGGUACAUUCGGAAAUCCUUCAAAAGACACGUCUCCACCUUAGCGGACCUCUUGCCUUACAUGAAACAGUUCGUGGAGCAUUUGCAGGAGACAAGUUCACUGAAGAAUGCCAUCAUCAUCGAGCAGAGCUCCUCCUUAAACGAGCCCGCCAGCGGCCUUUUCGAUUUCUUCCUGCACUUGGUGCACAACAACGUCAUAAAGAUCCGGGGCAAGUACUACAUCCAGUGCCAGGGGAUCCCACAAGGCUCCAUGCUGUCCACUCUGCUUUGUAGCUUCUGCUACGGAGACAUGGAGAACAAGCUGUUUUCUGGAAUCCAGCAGGAUGGGUUGCUCUUGCGUCUGGUUGAUGAUUUUUUGUUGGUGACACCGCAUCUAACACAAGCUAAAGCCUUUCUCAGUUACGCACGGACCUCAAUCAAGGCGAGUCUUGUCUUCAAUCACGGCUUCAAGGCCGGAAGAAACAUGCGUCGCAAGCUCUUUGCAGUCUUGCGGCUGAAGUGUCACGGUCUGUUUCUGGAUUUGCAGGUGAACAGUCUUCAGACAGUUUACAUCAAUGUUUACAAGAUCUUUCUCCUGCAGGCCUUCAGGUUCCAUGCCUGCGUGCUCCAGCUCCCAUUCAAUCAGCAAGUUGGAAAGAAUCCCUCGUUUUUCCUCAGGGUCAUCUCUGACACGGCCUUAUGCUGCUACUCCAUUGUGAAAACCAAGAACGCAGGGAUGUUGCUGGGUGCUCCUGGAGCCAUGGGACCAUUCCCUUCUGAGGCGGCCCGCUGGCUCUGCCACCAUGCCUUCCUGCUCAAACUGGCCCGCCACCGAGUCACCUAUAAGUGUCUGUUGGGGACACUCAAGACAACCAAGAUGCAGCUGGGCCGCAAGAUCCCGAAGGCCACAAUGGCCCUGCUGGAGGCCGCCACCACCCCGUCCCUGUGCAGCGAAUUCAAGACCAUCCUGGACUGA